CGCUCGGGUGAGGCAGGACUGAAGGCGCGGGGGAAUAAAGGUCUCUGCAAUGGAGGGGCGCCGAGUCUACCUCCGGAUGCUUUUGCCGCGACUGCAUCUUGGCACCAGUCUUACUGCCCUGGAAUGCAGUUUCCUCAACGCUGCGCUCACUCUGCCUCCUCUCUGCUUUAAUCCGUCAGGUCUCAGGUCUUGCGGGUGGGAGUCGUGUGAAGGAGCUGCGUUAUAUGGUCGUGACACCCACCCCAUGCCCGCAUUUUCAGGUCAGAACUUUCACGCCUUUGGAAACGAGGGACCCAGAAGAGCCCUUAUUGUAGGAGGAUUGUCGCCGUUAGACCUCUAAGCUCCAAAAAACCAAGGGGAGACAGAAUCCAAUUGUUCCCUUAAAUCCCAAGUAGUAGUGUUUUUUCCACCUUAAGAGUCCGCCCCCCGCCCCUACUUGUCCCAUAUAUUGAUCGGCCACUUUGCCACCGCGUUCCAAGGUUUGGAGAGCGUCACAAUGCCCCACCGUCCCCAACUCUUAAGUGGCCGACGGUGGGCAGUCCAGAAGCUGGGACCAGACUCAUCUGCCUGAGGGCACAGUAGGAGGGAGGGAGGGAUCUCCCCUGAGCUCCGAGGGCGAGGUGAGAACCAAUUGUAGUGGGGGUGGGGGGGAGCUUAUAACGGGGCAGUUAGGAACGGGCAGAGGUACCCCCACCUCCAGCUUUCAACUCAGGCGAGGAAACUUCGAGACCUUCCCGUCCACACCUGAUUAACAGGAGGAAGCUGUCGCGGCCCAGGAGGCGAGUGUGGGUGUGCAGAGGUAGAGACAAAACCUAAAAGCUCGCAGAGCCGGCGAGGGCUUGCCGUCCUGGACUGUACGGGUCUGCUUCUGGUGCCACCUACUCCAUCAGGCUGCUUGCUGGGUCCACCAAGCCUGACCCCUCGAGCCAGAAGGGGAUCACGGAGUGUGUCUCCCGCCCGGGCUCCUGCCUGCCGGAAGGGGGCUGGGAAGCCGGGAGCCCCGCGCGCCACUUCCCCGGCAGCGUCAGUUUCACCCAGGACUGGCUCGUGGUUCCCUCGUGGCUCUGCGCGGAAGUCCGCCUCCUCCCUUCCCUCCCCCAUCCUGCGCGCUGCCUCCGCCUCCUUCUUCUGCCUCCACCCUCAACCCCCAUCCCCGCCUGACGGGAGCUAGCCCUCAGUCCUCCCGAGCUCUGGUUGUGGGCGCCGGAUAGGUCCAAGGCGCCUCCUCCCAAUAUGGACAGCCGCUACACCAGCACUGCGGGCAUCGGGGACUUGAACCAGCUGAGCGCUGCCAUCCCGGCCACGCGGGUGGAGGUGUCCGUGUCCUGCAGAAAUCUUCUUGACAGAGACACAUUUUCUAAAUCUGAUCCAAUUUGUGUCUUAUAUGUACAAGGAGUUGGAAAUAAAGAAUGGAGAGAGUUUGGAAGAACUGAAGUAAUUGAUAAUACUUUAAAUCCUGAUUUUGUAAGAAAGUUUAUUCUGGACUACUUUUUUGAAGAAAGAGAAAAUCUUCGUUUUGACUUGUAUGAUGUUGAUUCAAAGAGCCCCAACUUAUCCAAACAUGACUUUCUGGGACAAGUGUUUUGUACACUGGGAGAGAUCGUUGGGUCACAGGGAAGUCGCCUGGAAAAACCAAUAGUAGGAAUUCCAGGGAAGAAAUGUGGUACAAUCAUACUUACAGCAGAGGAAUUAAACUGUUGCAGGAAGAUUGUUACUUUUAGUUGUGAUUUGCUGAUGCUCAUUGACUCAUGUUUAAUGAUUUCACUGUUGUCAAGAAAUGGGAAGAUAACUAUGACACUCCACACUGAAAGUAAUGAUGGCCAGCUGAAUCUGGUCAAUAUUGUCUCUUUAAUGUGGGCCAACAGAUCUCUGGGAAUUGUUGAACCCUGUUGCCCUUUCUGGAGUCCCUCAGUCUGUCAGGAAGAUAAUGAACAGUAUGUAGACUGGUGGCCAGAGAAAGCAUGGAAACUGGUAGCCAGCUCGACAAGCAAGAAUGGCGAGGGAGCUAGAACACUUACGAUGCCUUUUGGCAACUUUGGCACAACUCUGGGAAGUGGUGUCCCGAAAUACAGAGGAGAGGAUACGCCAGAGGCAAAGAAGGAACUGUUUGCCAUUGAAAAGACCCUAUCCUUGGGCAAAUUUGUUAAUAUCACUGGCAAGGUAAAAUCACGGCAUGACUGUGCUAUCGCCCUAAGUAGUGUUUGCAAAACUCAGCUGCACCCAUUGUGUAGCAGUCAUGAUUUCAUUGGAGAAUUUACAACAAGCUAUAGGGAACUUUCUAGAGGGCAGUCACAAUUCAACGUAUAUGAGGUGGUGAAUCCCAAAAAGAAAGGAAAAAAGAAAAAAUAUAGUAAUUCUGGAACAGUAACUUUACUCUCUUUCUUGGUAGAAACAGAAGUUUCAUUCCUUGACUACAUUAAGGGAGGGACGCAAAUCAAUUUCACAGUGGCUAUUGAUUUUACAGCAUCAAAUGGCAACCCUGCUCAGCCCACUUCCCUCCACUACAUGAAUCCUUACCAACUGAAUGCCUAUGGUAUGGCACUAAAAGCAGUGGGAGAAAUCGUUCAAGAUUAUGACAGUGAUAAAAUGUUUCCAGCUCUAGGUUUUGGUGCAAAACUGCCUCCAGAUGGAAGGAUAUCUCACGAAUUUGCGCUGAAUGGGAACCCUCAAAACCCCUACUGUGAUGGCAUUGAGGGGGUCAUGGAGGCUUAUUACAGGAGUCUGAAAUCUGUACAACUAUAUGGGCCCACCAACUUUGCUCCUGUAAUUAAUCAUGUAGCAAGAUACGCUUCUUCUGUAAAGGAUGGCUCCCAGUAUUUUGUGCUUCUGAUUGUUACAGAUGGUGUUAUCUCAGAUAUGGCCCAGACUAAGGAGUCCAUAGUUAAUGCCUCAAAACUUCCAAUGUCAAUAAUUAUAGUAGGUGUUGGACCAGCAGAAUUUGAUGCAAUGGUUGAAUUGGAUGGAGAUGAUGUAAGAGUCUCCUCUAGAGGAAAAUAUGCUGAAAGAGACAUUGUACAGUUUGUGCCAUUCAGGGAUUAUAUUGACAGAAGCGGAAACCACGUAUUGAGCAUGGCUAGAUUGGCGAAAGACGUCCUAGCUGAGAUCCCUGAGCAGUUUCUCUCCUAUAUGAGAGCCCGAGGAAUCAAGCCAUCACCUGCGCCUCCCCCAUACACCCCACCUACACAUGUGUUACAGACUCAAAUAUGACUGCGCUCUGAAAUGCUAAUGUCACUACAAAUUAGAACUGCUGAGUUAAUGCUUUGUGCCUGGUGCUCUGUGAUGAACCAGGCAAUGGGAUACUUUUCUCAGUUUGGUUUCAGCAGUACUGGUUAAUGUGCUUUCUUGGAUCCAAAAUUAAAUCUAUUCCUAAACCAAAACUGUAAAUAUGGUUGUUGCAUGAGCAACAGAAAAAUUGUUUAAAUGCUUGAAGCAAAGUACGGAUGUCUUCUCUAAAUCUUUUUUUUUUUUUUUUUUUUUAACAGAAACAGCUAAUUUCCAAUGUAUUGUUGGGAAAAAGCACAAACUAUGUUUUUAACUCAAAUAUUGUCUUCGACUGCUAUGUGUAUAGGAAAGCAGUCUCUGUAUCAAUGUUUACAUGUUACUACUUUUUAAAUUUCAAUACUUUUAUAACCGUUCUUAAGAAUAAGAGUUUUGAAUACUGAAUCCUUUGUCUUCUAAAUUGCAAUAGCUAUAAUCACAAGAGCAAUAUCUCUUUGAAUGACUGUCUGGACAAACACAAUUGCAAAUAAGGGAAGGGAAAAAUGCUUUUCUAUUUCUCAGUAACUGGAUUGUCUUAAGAAACUACAUCUGCUUAAUAAUCAGUUUCUCAGCAAUGUUUGCUGAGUAUGGGAGUCUAAGCCUGGCAGAUGUGUCUCCUGGUUGAACAUGCACUUUUCAUGGAUUUUGGGUUCUAAAUUUAGACCGCAGUUGGUUUGUAUUUUGUAACACUAAGUAGAAAUUAGAAAAAGUCAAACAUUGUGAUCUAUAAAUGCACAGAAAAUGCUUUGUAAAAAGUAGCAUCCUGAUAUAAUAAUGCUAUUUAGAAAGACUGAAACCAAGACUAUUUAACUGUGAACCAUGUAGCAGAUGUUUUAAACUUUUUAUUCCAUUAUAUCUUGUCUAGAUAUUUUAAUUCAAAGGGAUACUGGCUCUCUUGAUUGGGAUUUCUUGUUAUCACCAUACCAUGUUGCCACGCAAGGUGCACAGGCUGGAAGUCUUUUGUGAAAUUCUCAGUUAAAUAUAUACAACUACGUGACUUAGUGCACAACACAUUUGUGAAAUAACCUACUCCUAUAUACUGACCUGCCUGUCCACGAAUAAUUGUAAAGAGUUUUUGCAUGUACAGUUUUUACACGAAUUACAGUUUUGUGAAGUUGUGUCUAAAUUAAAGCAUUUUUUUAGAACAAAUGGCCUUAAAUUCUCACAGAAUUCCUGGAAAUGAUUGUGAAUUGCCUUCAAAUAAUAGAAAAGUGUAUUUAUUUGUGUGUGUGUGUGUGUAAAAAAUGUAACUGCUUUAUAAUAUUUUUUCCUUACCUAUAUAUUCUAUUUAAUACUUGGUUUAUUUCUACUGUACAUUGUUUUCUUUGUCCCAAGUUGACCUAGGGUGACUUUUAUAAGCAUGAAACUAUUUUACUGGAAAGAAUAUAUACAUCCACAUAUCUAACAGUAUCAAUGUUACAUAACUAUGUAAUACUCAAUUGUCCAUUUUUAAUUAUGUAUUAAAAUCUUUAAAUCAUAACUGUUUUGUACAUUUCAUGUAUGAAUGACAAUAGAGUUUGAUGAUUUCACUUACUGAUCUUAUUUAUGCCAGCACAGUGUAUAACCUGCAGAUUUUAAAAUUUACCUUUAUCAACCCAUAAAACAAAAAUAAAUAAGAUCAAUAUUCUUUUCUUCUUAUCAAA